AUGGCACCCCAAGUCACAACGUGGGAAGACUUGACCUUCCUCCACGAGGAAUUUGACGAGGAAACCGGCGAAUUCCGACACACAACCUUCGCCGUUGUCGACGAAGAUGACACCGCCUUCUUCGGCAAAUCGAAUCAUCCCAAACACGAUAUCACUUUUGAGCAACUUACAUCUGCUCUCGCUCCCAUUCCCGAUGAUGACCUCUUUCCAGAAUGGAUGCCUCUGAUCGUCCUCAAUCUGAUCCCUAAAGGCUUACUCGAGGAGGCCAAGGCCAUGGAGAUACUCUCCCAGCAUUCACACCCCAACAUCAUUCACUAUCACGGCUGCCGCGUUCGCCGUGGCCGCAUCGUCGGCCUCGUCCUCGACCGCCACCCCAACACGCUGACCGACUACCUCAAUAACAAGGUCGAGAUCGUGGAUAAGGAACCCUUCAUGCAGGCCCUCGAGUCGGCCAUUCGCCACCUGCAUUCUCUCGGCUGGGCUCACAACGACCUCAAUCCAGGCAACGUCCUAGUCAACAAGGCAGGCAUGCCGGUCCUGGUCGACUUCGGGUCCGCGCGAGAUCGGCGCCAAACUGGGGACCAGCCGGGGGACUAAGGGGUGGAUCGAUGGAGAGAUAAAGGAUUAUCACACGUCGGACUAUCGCCAUGACUUGUUCGCUCUGGAGAAGAUACGCACCUGGUUGGACACCCCAACAUUUGACGAUUAGGAACGUCAGACGCAGCACCUUUCCGCCGCCAACGAGAUUGGCCGAGGUUGGGGACUGGUGACGAGCUCUGUGCGGCCGUUCCCUUGCCGGUUGAUAACGG